AUGACUCAGUCUCUCAUGUAUUCUCUGAUGGAGGAAUGGAUAGAGUAUCUUGAUUACAUCGACGAGACGACCCAGCCCAGCGAUUUCCUUUGGCCUAAUGACACUCCUUCAUUUAGGGAAUUCGAAUUCUCUGCUGUUGAUGUUCCUGCUGCUUUCUCACCGGAAAAAGAGUGCCCUCGCAAAAGGGGACGAACCGAUUCUUCUUGCUCUGGGUCUGGAGCGAAAGCCUGCCGUGAGAAGUUGAGGAGGGAGAGAUUGAAUGACAGGUUUGUGGAGUUGAGCGCUGUUUUAGAACCUGGGAGACCGCCCAAAUCUGACAAGCCUGCUAUCCUUGAUGAUGCCAUAAGGGUUUUGACCCAGCUGAGAGCUGAAGCUCAGGAGCUCAAAGAAACAAAUGAAAAGUUACUUGAAGAAGUAAAAAGUUUAAAGGCGGAGAAGAAUGAACUCCGUGAAGAGAAACUUGUACUGAAAGCAGAUAAAGAAAGGUUGGAGAAGCAGUUGAAAGGUAUGGCAAUUUCACCUUCUGGGUUUGUUCCAACCCACCCAGCAGUCCCAGCUGCAUAUCAUCCUGGGGCAAGCAAGAUGUCAAUGUAUCCUAGCUAUAGUCUGGUUCCAAUGUGGCAUUAUUUACCUCCAUCGGUCCGUGAUACAUCUCGUGACCAUGAACUUCGGCCCCCUGCUGCUUAG